AUCCUAAAAGAAAUAAAGAAUUCAGCUCCCCUUCUCCUCUUUCUCUAUCUCUCUCUUGCUUUACUCUCUAAACCCCAUCACACUCUCUAAACCCCACCACCCUAUAACACUCUCCAGUCUCUUCCAUGGAAAAUCUGCUCCCUAACAAACUAUUCUUCGUCUUCUUAGCCAUCCACGUUCUUGGGGGUGCACUGUUUUUGGCAGUGGUGGUGGAAGGGAACUGGUGUGUGGCAAGAAGUGAUGCAAGCAACCAAGCCUUGCAAACUGCACUCGACUAUGCAUGCGGUUCUGGUGCCGACUGCACCCCAUUACAGCCUAAUGGACUAUGCUUCUUGCCUAACUCAAUCCAGGCUCAUGCUUCUUAUGCAUUCAAUAGCUACUUUCAAAGGAAAGGAAUGGCUCCUGGCUCUUGUGACUUUUCUGGCACUGCUACUGUUGCAAAAACUGAUCCCAGUUACGGAUCUUGUGUGUAUCCAUCCUCUCUAAGCACUGCCGGAGGGGCUGGCACCACUUCAAGUACCACACCAAAUACUAACCCCAACAUACAAUCACCGACUUUUGGCGAUGGUUCAACCGGGCUGAACCCUGGACUAAACCCCGGAACGCCUCCACUGCUGGACAAUUCUGAAUCUUCUCUAGGGUUUGUGGCCACAAGAACCUUACAGCCUCUGUGCCUCUUGCUUGUUCUCUCAUUUACGUUUCGGCCCAUGUAGUCUUUUAAGCCAGAGCUGCAAUAUCGCUCUGGUGUGAAAGAAAUUGCGUGCACAGUUUUGUUAGAUGCUUGAGCGCUCAUCCUUGCCACCAAGUAGCUUUAGCACUAAUCAUCUAUUCAUGCUGUUUUUAGUGUGGAGGGGUUGUUAGUAACCUUUUAAUUGGCUUGUAAACAUGUAUGUACUCAUUGCAAGGAGAUCUGGGUUGCUAGCUACAAAAACCCUCGUGGCUAUUGAAGUCCAACCUUUGCAGGACUGCAAAAUCGAUUCAAUUGUUCAAUCUGGAUUUGUAAGUUUAUAAUGUUGUUGGUGGACAAGGAUUUGCGGGGGCAGUUCAUUAUAUCUUUCUGAAAAUCUGCA